AUGGACAUACCUCAAUACGCUCUGGAAAAUACCGCAGGAAAUACUGCUGGCACCAUAUGUCUCUUUCCAAACGACAUUGAUAAUGGAUAUUAUAAUAGUCCAUACCAGUUCCCAACCUUGAAAGACCUGCAGCUCGCAUAUGGCCAUGACGUUAUGAGAGCGCAGCCUAUGCAGGGCGUCAGCUCCAUCCCCAAAGCCAACGAGUACACCACCAAUGGCGAGUCAUCCGACCAGUAUAUCCACAGGGAGACUAAGACGUCCUCGGAAGCAAGAUCUUUUGCCGAGACUGCAAGGCGUGAUAAUGCACGACAGCAAAAGGAUUCAUCCUAUGACAAAUACGGGGAAGUCAUGCUGCCCAACUGCGGUGUAGAUGGGAAGGGUGCGAAUAUACCGGUACCUUUGGCCGAGAGAGCGACUUAUUACGGCACUUGA